AUGUCUUCAGGUGCAGUCACUGUCAGUCUUGAGGACUUGAAGAACGGCAAUGUCUCUUUCGAAACUUUAGAAGAGGCAUUUGGCCCUGAAUCUUUGGGAGUAAUCAUAGUCAAAGAUGUUCCCUCUGUUUUUCUUGAAUUACGCCAUCGGCUGCUUUCGUAUUCUUCAUAUCUUGGGAACCUCCCGGAAUACAGACUUGAGAAAAUUGAGAAUCCUGCAGCAAAAUACUUAACUGGCUGGUCUCGUGGUAAAGAAACACUAAAGAAUGGCCAAGUUGAUACCCUCAAAGGCUCAUUCUACGCAAAUUGUGCCUUCUACGUGGACCCCUCCCUCUCCUGUACCAAACCCACAGCAGAGUUCUCGACCAAGAACUUCCCGGAAUAUCUAAGUCCCAACCUGUGGCCUGGUGAUACCACCAUUCCAGGCUUCAAAGAAACCUUUGAGGAUCUCUGUCGUCUCAUUAUCGACACCGGGGUACUGGUUGCUAGAGCAUGUGACAGAUACGCCGAGAAAGAGAUCCCAGAAUACAAGCCUGGAUACCUGGAACAUGUCGUCAGAACAUCAACGACGACAAAAGCUCGAUUACUUCAUUACUUCCCCGCAGACCCUAAGGUGGCCGAUGACAAGAAAGAGGAAAAUGAUGAUGAUUGGUGCGCAACUCAUUUGGAUCACGGGUGUCUCACGGGCUUGACCUCUGCUAUGUUCAUUAAUGAGACGAGACAAAUUCCUGCGGUUCCGAUGGGCUACGCCUACAACCCCCGCUACCUGCCAACCCUGGGCGAGCUCCCAUCAUCCCCAGACCCAACAGCAGGACUCUACAUCCAAUCUCGCAGUGGAGAGACAGUCCAAGUGAAGAUCCCCCGUGACUGCAUCGCCUUUCAAACCGGUGAAGCGCUUGAACGAAUCACCAAAGGCAAAUUCAAAGCCGUACCUCACUUUGUCAGGGGUGUACAACCUGGUGUUGCUAGUGGAGAGGAUGAAGGUGGUAAGAUUGCCAGGAAUACAUUGGCGGUGUUCACGCAGCCUAACUUGGAGGAGAUUGUGGAUUCGGAGCAGGGAAUUACGUUUGGGGAGUUUGCGAGAGGCAUUGUGGAGAAGAAUACUACCAAGUGA